UGGGGCUUCCUUGCCAGGACUGGUCUCUUUCCCCUCCCUCCCAACAGCCUCCCCUCAGGGGAAUUAUGGCCACAGGUGCAGGGAGCAGUUUCUCUCCACCAGGGGCCUGCAGCUCACCAACAGGGGCUGCCCCAGCGGCCCAGAGCCAAAGGGCGCAGAAGGGCCCAGCAGCGGGGCCAUUGGAGCCCAUCUCCGGCAGGGCUGGGCAGGAAGUAGGGCGGGGUUUCAGGCCAGCCGAGGUGGAAUCUGGUACCCCAGGACUGCUGCAGCCCAGACCAACCAACCCACUGGGAGAGAUGCCUGGGGGUCCCGGAGUCCUCCAAGCGCUGCGCGCCACCAUCGCGCUCUUCUUCCUAAUCUCUGCUGUUGACCUGGGCCCCAGGUGCCAGGCCCUGUGGGUGGAUGAGGGCCCACCCUCAGUGACCGUGAGCCUAGGGGAGGAGGUCCACGUCCCGUGCCUGUACAACCAUAGCAGCCGCGACAGCACCUUCAACGUCACGUGGUGGCGCAUCAUCCAAGGCAAUGCCACCUGGCCCGACAUGUUCUGGAGCUACGGCCAGGGCCCCCACAGUGCGCUGAGCAUCCAGGCCGCGAACAAGAGCCACAGAGGCCUGUACAGGUGCCGGGUGGAGGAGAAAGGCCUCAACCAGAAAGUCAACCAACAGUACUCCUGCGGCACCUACCUCCGCGUGCGCGAGCGGCUCCCCAGACCCUUCCUGGACAUGGGAGAAGCCACCAAGAACAACCUCAUCACAGCCGAGGGCAUCGUCCUGCUCUUCUGCGCCGUGGUGCCUGGGACGCUGCUGCUGUUCAGGAAACGAUGGCAGAAUAUGAAGUUUGGGAUGGACGCCCCAGAUGACUACGAAGAUGAAAACCUAUAUGAGGGCCUGAACCUGGAUGACUGCUCCAUGUAUGAGGACAUCUCCCGAGGCCUCCAGGGCACCUACCAGGACGUGGGCAGCCUCCACAUCGGAGACGGGGACGUCCAGCUGGAGAAGCCGUGACCCUGUGGGCUGCCCUAGCCAGCUGGGCUGCCAGCUCUGGUGUUCCCUCUCCCUGCUCCCCCUCCGCCCCAUUCGGUUCUCUUUUCAUGAUCUUUCCCAGGAGUGUCCUGACUCUACUUCCCCCUUGAGCAUGUCUGCUCUUCCUUCUAGACUAUCCUCAUCCACCUGCACAUACCCCAAUUCAGCCCUCCUCCUGCGGCUUUUCCCAGCCUCCCCCCCACACCCAGCAGGUAAGGAGCCCUUAAUCGCUGCCUCCAGGGGACCUGAUUGCUGAGCCUCGUUAGUGUCCCCUUCCCCUCCCUGCUCUGUCAUGGCCACUUAGUGAUAAUAAAUCCCUCCCUACUGCA